CUAGAUAUUUUUCUGUUUGCCUCCGUUGUCGGCAUGCCUGCAUUUUGGCAUUGCUCCUUCCAAAAGCAUCUGCUGUUGAGUACACGAGUCUCCGAAGAAUGACUAUAUCCCAUAGAGCGACGGCAGCUGCGGUUUUGGUGUUGGUUGCCGGAUACAGCAAAAGCAACAGGAACGGCGAGGUUCCGAGGCAGAUUCCGGGUGUUUUGGCACUCGCGAAUCCGAGCACGACUACCCGAAGCAUGUGGAAGGUUCUCGAGGAUUCGGGGACGCAGCAAUCGUCUCUGUCGCCGUCGGCGCACGCUUGGAAGACCAUUUUUGGGCAGAAGGGCGAGAGGGGCGAGUACAUGGACGGGUAUUCCCCCGAGGCCAUGAUCGAACGGUGCGUAGAAGAUUACCACUGGGAACGAGAAACAAAAACAGAACCAGGAACAGAACCAUCCCCAUCGGAUCUCGAUGAAGCGAAUCAUUCCCUCGCAUCAAGGCGCGCCGCAAUGAUGGCACACCUGUACGACAACGACGAGUUGUGGAAACACACCUCCAUGGUGGCCUUCGCCGAGCACUACGUGGUGACCGAAGAACACAGCGAAUCGUGCACGUUCUCAAAGCCAUACGAAACCUUCCGGAAACAACGAGCCCUGCGACCGGAAGACGAACCGAUUUUCGCCGGGGUGGUAUGGGAGGACUGGGAAAGGCAGCCGUGCGUCGACGACCACGGGCUCUUGCAGACACGAAGCCCCAAGCCGGCCGUCUUUGCGGAACACGGAAUCGACUACGUUCGCCUCCACUGCAACUGCGGGGACGGCGAGGCGCUUUCGGACCCCUCGCAGCUGCUCGGAGGCGACGAGCGGAUCCACACGCUCCUGGGCCGCCUCGCAGGGGCCGCCAGGGAGUGCCAGCAGCACGGGAUGGUCCCCCUGGUCCUGCUGCAGGUGCCGUGGCGACACCCCGAACGGCCCGCCGGAGGCAGCACCAGCACCGAGUUUCUGGAAAACGCCGUCCGGGCCCUGACCAAGGCCCUGAUGGCCGAGGGGGUGGACUGCGGGAAGCUCCUCUUCGAGACGAGGCCGCCGAUCGGCGUUUCGGCUGCCGACGAAGGGGCCAUGGCAAGCAGCGAGCGAUGGGCCCUGGGCCUGAACACCGGCCGCACGGUCUUUCGGAUCCUCGACCAAGCCUUCGGCACCGGGGGUGCGGGCCAAACCCCCGCCGGCUUUUGCGUCGCCGGUGGGUCCACCAAGGGGGCGGUUCCCACCGCGAUGCAGGACGACACCCAGGCCGCCUUCCGGAGGGGCAUCCGGGAACGGGCCCUCGCCGAGUGGGGCUACGAGGCCUGCUUCUGGGAAAUGGGAGCCAAGCUCAUGCUCCAGCCCGCCGUCGGGAGGCUCUGGGGGACCGGGGACCGCGGGGCCUCGUCGGAGCUCUUUCGGAGCAACGCAAAGGCGCUGGCCGAGGAACUGGUGGAACUCGACGGGUUGUGACCGCGAGGCAACGGGCGGAACCCACCAACAAGUCCACACAACGAGCACGCCACAACAAGUCGAGUGGAGUGUUGGGCCGUACCAACCCAAGAGAGGGCCUUUUUUGACCAAAGAGAAAGCACCCGAUUCCAUUCACGGAGAAAACCUGAGCAAAAUGGACUUUUCUACUACGGAAAGAAGAAGAAAGAAACUCUCAGGAACCGGCAUCCAAAUUCCGAGGUGGAAUCUCAGCCGUGUGAGUACCCGGUCGUUCCACAGAAUACAUCGAGAGCGUUUGGGGAAACGAACUAUUUGGAUUCUAUUCGCGGUAGUGCCAUCGAUUUCUGUGAGCGAUUGCAUCUCGUUCCUAUUAAGUACAGGAUCUAUUGCGAUGGGAUUGUGUGUUGGGUCAGUGGUACUUGCAAGGAAUGGUAGCACUAACAAAUAGAUACAUUAUUUUAAU